CCCGCCACAGCGCCCCGCCACAGCGCCCCGCCACAGCGCCCCGCCACAGCGCUCCGCCAUGUCCAAGCCCAGGGUGGUCAACGUCGACGACGAGCUCGAAAAGAACCCCAAGAUCAAGCGAGAGCACCUGGACCAGUUCCGGUCAUGGGUCCAGAAACAACCCCACCUGCCAGAAGUGCCAGACCAGCAGCUGCUACUGUUCCUGGCGUGCAGCGACUGCCUGAUGGAGCGCGCCAAGGCGACGCUCGAGGCCCACUACACCAUCAAGACGCACGCGCCGGAGUUCUUCGCCCACCGCGACCCCAUGGGCACCGAGAUCCAGAACAUCCUUAACCUCGUUGAGAUGGCCAUCCUGCCGGAGCCCGACAAGCACGGCAACCGCAUCUUCAUCGGGCGCCUGUCCAACCCGGACCCCACGCACUACAACUUCACGGCGGCCGUCAAGGCCAUGCAGCUCAUCAUCGAGACCAGCCUGCGCGAGGAGGGCAUCGCGCCGGGCUACGUCUUCGUCUACGACCAGAAGGGCGUGCAGAUGGGCCACGUGGUGCGCAUGCCCGUCUCCUCGGUGCGCAAGUACCUGCACUACAUCCAGGAAGGGCUGGCCAUCAAGAUGAAGGCCAUCCACGUCAUCAACAUGAACCCCGUAGGCGAGCGCUUCCUCAACGUGCUCAAGCCCUUCAUGAAGAAGGACCUCUUCAACAUGCUCAACUUCUACUCCGGGAACUACGACGCCCUCUACGAGCACAUCCCCAAGACCUCGCUGCCCCGCGACUACGGCGGCUCCCAGGACACCAUGCUCACCCUGCACCAUCUGCAGCAGAGCAAAGUGCAGGCGCACCGCGACUGGUUCCUCAAGGAGACCUCCCUGCGCGUGGACGAGUCGCGGCGGCCGGGGAAGGCCCAGAACGCCGGCUCCGUCUUCGGCAUGGAAGGCUCCUUCAAGAAGCUGGAGCUCGACUGACCCACAGGCUGACCCACCUCGACGGGAGGGGCCUGGACGGCCUGGACUGCUUCACAAGAGCGGGUAAACUCGUUUCCUCGCUCCCACAACACUUUUGAAAAAGGGAUUCUCAUUUGCGUGUUUAGUAUAUUCGUACUUUUCCACUUACGUAAGGCAGUCAUAAGUACCUGAAACAGCAGACGCGCCUGGUCGGCCCGGCCACGUUGUGAACUCGGACAAGUUGUGAAUACAAAUAAACCAAAUUCCACGAA